AUGGUGUCUGAAUGCUCGAUUUCAGUGAGCAAGAAAGCGAUCGACGAGAAGGCUAUCCAGAGUACCAGCCUGGAAAAUGCCGUCCACAUCCAGCGCAUCGUCCGCGAAGGCAUCAUCCUCGGGGGCGGCGCGACAGCCAUCCUCCUCCAAGUCGCCAUGCCCGGCGUCGGCAAAGGUGUAGACAACCACAGCAACUUCGCCUACCGACCCAUGGACCGACUGCGCACAACCAUGACCUACGUCUACUGCAUGGCGUUUGGCUCGCCAAAGGAGAAAGAAGCCGUCAUCGCCAUGGUGCACCGCGCGCACUCUUCCGUCAAAGGCACUGACUACUCCGCCGACGACGCCCAGCUACAAGUCUGGGUCGCUGCCACGCUCUACGCCGUGGGCGUCGAGCUCUACGAGGAGAUCUUCGGCCCCAUGGACGAGGUCACCGCCGAGCAGACCUACUGCGAGUACGCUGUCCUGGCCGUCUCGCUGCGCGUCCAGCCCGACGAGUGGCCCGCCACCCGCCAAGCCUUCUGGGCCUACUGGGACCAGCAGAUCGCCUCAAUAGAAGUCAACGACCAUGCCAAACACGUCGCCCACGACCUGCUGUACAACACGGGGUUGCCUAUCCACCUGCGCGUCCUGAUGCCCUGGGUGCGUCUUAUGACGGGCGAAAUGCUGCCGGCGCGCAUCCGCGAGGCGUACGGCAUCAAGACCACCAAGCACCGCCAGCGUGGCUACCGGUGGACGAUGAGUCUCGUCCGUAACACGUACCCGGCCCUGCCCAAGUUUGUCCGCACGUAUCCCAAGAAAUACUAUCUCAAUGACAUGCGCAAACGCCUGCGAAAGGCUCAGAUGCUGAAUUAG